UUGCUGGGAGCUACAGCCAUAGAGGAUAAGCUCCAGGAUGGUGUGCCUCAGACCAUCGAGCAGCUGGCCAAAGCUGACAUCAAGAUCUGGGUGCUCACCGGCGACAAACAGGGUAAGUCACCAAGCAAUAUUCUCUGAGAUAUCUGCCUCACAUAUAAUGUAAUAACAAUAGGAUUUCUGAGCUAGCUGCCUCACUGAAAGAGCUUUUUCGAAACCACAGCUGAGUUCAACCACCAACCUUAAAGGCCCAGUGUAGUCCAAAAUGGGAUUUUCCUGUGUUUAAUAUAUAUUUCCACACUAUGAGGUUAGAAUAAUACUGUGAAAUUGUAAAAAUGAUGGUAAUUCUCUUUUAGUGUAAGCGCUGUUUGAGAAGACUGCCUGAAAUCCCAGCCUGUUUUGGUGGGAUGGUGUUUUGGCCUGCCUGGUGACAUCACUAGGAGGUAAAUUAGUUAAUAGACCAAUAAGAAAGAGAGUUCCAAACCUCUCUGACAAUAAUAGCUCAUUUUCCCCUCCCCACUCAGACCAUCCCAGACAGUCCUAGCAAAAUUCUUGCAUGAGAAAUUGUUCUUUGCUAAGAAGCUAUUUUUGUUUCUUUUUGACCAUUUUAAUUGAAAACAAUCACAGUAAGAUACUUAAUUGUUACCCAGAAAUGAUUUGAUAUUGAGAAAAAAUGGCUGCAUUGGACCUUUAAAGGGUUGGUAAAAAAAACAGCUCAUAAUAUUGGCCAAAAUGGAGUGAAAAGAAUGGUAUCAAACACAUUGUUUUCAGGUUUGAUACCAUUCCAUUCACUCCAUUCCAGCCAUUCUACUCCAUUCCAGCCAAUAUUAUGAGGCUAUAAUGCUUGCAUCAGUUACCUGAUGUGGAAUAGAGUUCCAUGUAGUCAUGGCUCUAUGUAGUACUGUGCGCCUCCCGUAGUCUGUUCUGGACUUGGGGACUGUGAAGAGACCUCUGGUGGCAUGCAUUUGAUGUAAUUGAUACCGUUCCACUCAUUCCACUCCAGCCAUUACCACGAGCCCGUCCUCCGCAAUUAAGGUGCCACCAACUUCCUGUGAUGUAUAGGACCACAUGUCCACAUCACUGUGUCUGUCUCCACCUAUUAUAUUGUGUGUUUUGUCAUGUGACAGAGACGGCGGAGAACAUUGGCUACUCCUGCAACAUGCUGCGAGAGGAGAUGAACGACAUUUUCAUUGUGUCAGCCAACAACCCAGACGAUGUCAGACAGGAACUGAGGUCAGAGGAAGUGACAUCAUAACCACAUAACCCCGCCCGCACUGUCUCAGGCCCUGCAUCAAUACUAACAACAUGUGUCCAGGGUUUAGUUCCUACCCAGCACCAAUUCACCUUAUUCAACUAAUCAUGGCCUUCAAUGGAAGACUGAUUAGUUGGCCGGGGCUAAAGUGGGAUUGGAACAAAGCCUAUCAUUGCUGUAGUUCUCCAGAACCAGAAUCGGCCAUCCCGUCCCAUCCCAUCCCAGGUUGAUAACAUAGACAUGGUGGAAUAGUAUUAGAUGAGAGGAAUUGUGUUGGUGUUGAACCAGGAAUGCAUGGAGCACCAUGAAACCAGGUGCAGAGGAGGCGGCCAACUUCAUGCCAGAGAGGACGCUGGGUAACAAGCCGAAGGUGGUCAGGGACGAGGAGGUGAAUGGGGAGUAUGGCCUGAUCAUCAACGGACACAGUCUGGUGAGACACUACAGUCCUAUUUACUGUAUAUCCGUCUGGUGAGACACUACAGUCCUAUUUACUGUAUAUCAGUCUGGUCAGACACUACAUUUACAUUAAAUUUUAGUCAUUUAGCAGACGCUCUUAUCCAGAGCGACUUACAGGAGCAAUUAGGGUUAAGUGCCUUGCUCAAGGGCACAUUUACGUCAUUUAGCAGACGCUCUUAUCCAGAGCGACUUACAAAUUGGUGCAUUCACCCUAUAGCCAGUGGGAUAACCACUUAACAAUUAACCCUAUAGCCAGUGGGAUAACCACUUAACAGUGGGAUAACCACUUAACAAUACCUGGGAUAGGAUUACUUUAUCCUAUCCCAGGUAUUCUUUAAAGAGGUGGGGUUUCAAAUGUCUCCGGAAGGUGGUGAGUGACUCCGCUGUCCUGGCGUCGUGAGGGAGCUUGUUCCACCAUUGGGGUGCCAGAGCAGCGAACAGUUUUGACUGGGCUGAGCGGGAACUAUGCUUCCGCAGAGGAAGGGGAGCCAGCAGGCCAGAGGUGGAUGAACGCAAUGCCCUCGUUUGGGUGUAGGGACUGAUCAGAGCCCGAAGGUAUGGAGGUGCCGUUCCCCUCACUGCUCCAUAGGCAAGCACCAUGGUCUUGUAACGGAUGCGAGCUUCAACUGGAAGCCAGUGGAGUGUGCGGAGGAGGGGGGUGACGUGAGAGAACUUGGGAAGGUUGAACACCAGACGGGCUGCGGCAUUCUGGAUGAGUUGUAGGGGUUUAAUGGCACAGGCAGGGAGGCCAGCCAACAGCGAGUUGCAGUAAUCCAGACGGGAGAUGACAAGUGCCUGGAUUAGGACCUGUGCCGCUUCAUGUGUAAGGCAGGGUCGUACUCUCCGAAUGUUGUAGAGCAUGAACCUGCAGGAUCGGGUCACCGCCUUGAUGUUAGCGGAGAACGACAGGGUGUUGUCCAGGGUCACGCCAAGGCUCUUCGCACUCUGGGAGGAGGACACAACGGAGUUGUCAACCGUGAUGGCGAGAUCAUGGAACGGGCAGUCCUUCCCCGGGAGGAAGAGCAGCUCCGUCUUGCCAGGGUUCAGCUUGAGGUGGUGAUCCGUCAUCCAUACUGAUAUGUCUGCCAGACAUGCAGAGAUGCGAUUCGCCACCUGGUUAUCAGAAGGGGGAAAGGAGAAGAUUAGUUGUGUAUCGUCAGCGUAGCAAUGAUAGGAGAGGCCAUGUGAGGAUAUGACAGAGCCAAGUGACUUGGUGUAUAGGGAGAAUAGGAGAGGGCCUAGAACUGAGCCCUGGGGGACACCAGUGGUGAGAGCACGUGGUGCGGAGACAGCUUCUCGCCACGCCACUUGGUAGGAGCGACCGGUCAGGUAGGACGCAAUCCAGGAGUGAGCCGCGCCGGAGAUGCCCAGCUCGGAGAGGGUGGAGAGGAGGAUCUGAUGGUUCACAGUAUCAAAGGCAGCAGACAGGUCUAGAAGGACAAGAGCAGAGGAGAGAGAGUUAGCUUUAGCAGUGCGGAGAGCCUCCGUGACACAGAGAAGAGCAGUCUCAGUUGAAUGACCAGUCCUGAAACCUGACUGGUUUGGAUCAAGAAGGUCAUUCUGAGAGAGAUAGCAAGAGAGUUGGCUAAAGACGGCACGCUCAAUAGUUUUGGAAAGAAAAGAAAGAAGGGAUACUGGUCUGUAGUUGUUGACAUCAGUGGGAUCGAGUGUUGGUUUUUUGAGAAGGGGUGCUAUUUACUGUAUAUCUUGCACUAACAUGGGCCCUGAUCCUUAUUGUGUACAAUAUCUGAUUGUGCCCACAUUUUAGACAGAUAAGACCCAUUUUAGACAGAUAAUACCCAUUUUAAACAGAUAAGACACAUUCUAGACAGAUAAGACACAUUCUAGACAGAUAAGACCCAUUUUAGACAGAUAAGACCCAUUAUAGACAGAUAAAACACAUUAUAGACAGAUAAGACCCAUUAUAGAAAGAUAAGACACAUUUGAACUGAUUCUGAUCAGUGUAAUAGGAUCUGGAUGGUCAACAUCCAUAUUUGAUCUGUUACCAUUAGAUGACAUUCUACUCCUCCCCCGUCAGGCCUUUGCCCUGGAGCGAAGCAUGGAGCUGUUGUUGCUGCGUACAGCCUGUCUGUGUAAGACGGUGAUCUGCUGCAGAGUGACCCCACUACAGAAGGCCCAGGUGGUGGAGCUGGUCAAGAAGUACAAACAGGCUGUCACUCUGGCCAUAGGAGACGGGGCCAACGACGUCAGCAUGAUUAAAGGUAACUUACAAUUUACAGUUGAAGUCGGAAGUUUACAUACACUUGGGUUGGAGUCAUUAAAACUCGUUUUUCAACCACUCCACAAAUUUCUUGUUAACAAACUAUAGUUUUGGCAAGUCAGUUAGGACAUCUACUUUGUGCAUGACACAAGUAAAUUUUCCAACAAUUGUUUACAGACAGAUUAUUUCACUUAUAAUUCACUGUAUCACAAUUCCAGUGGGUCAGAAGUUUACAUACACUAAAUUGACUGUACCUUUAAACAGCUUGGAAAAUUCCAGAAAAUGAUGUCAUGGCUUUAGAAGAUUCUGAUAGGCUAAUUGACAUCAUUUGAGUCAAUUGGAGGUGUACCUGUGGAUGUAUUUCAAGGCUUACCUUCAAACUCACUACCUCUUUGCUUGGCAUCAUGGGAAAAUCAAAAGAAAUCAGCCAAGACUUCAGAAAAAAAAAUGGUAGACCUCCACAAGUCUGGUUCAUCCUUGGGAGCAAUUUCCAAAUGCCUGAAGGUACCACGUUCGUCUGUACAAACAAUAGUACGCACGUAUAAACACCAUGGGACCACGCAGCCAUCAUACCGCUCAGGAAGGAGACACAUUCUGUCUCCUCGAGAUGAACGUACUUUGGUGCGAAAACUGCAAAUCAAUCCCAGAACAACAGCAAAGGUCCUUGUGAAGAUGCUGGAGGAAACAGGUACAAAUGUAUGUAUAUCCACAGUAAAACAAGUCCUAUAUCGACAUAACCUGAAAGGUCGCUCAGCAAGGAAGAAGCCACUGCUCAAAAACCGCCAUAAAAAAGCCAGACUACGGUUUGCAACUGCACAUGGGGACCAAGAUCGUACUUUUUGGAGAAAUGUCCUCUGGUCUGAUGAAACUAAUAGAACUGUUUGGCCAUAAUGACCAUCGUUAUGUUUGGAGGAAAAAGGGGGUCGUUUGCAAGCCGAAGAACCCCAUCCCAACCGUGAAGCACGGGGGUGGCAGCAUCAUGCUGUGGGGGUGCUUUGCUGCAGGAGGGACUGGUGCACUUCACAAAAUAGAUGGCAUCAUGAGGAAGGACUUUGGAAAAUUAUGUGGAUAUAUUGAAGCAACAUCUCAAGACAUCAGUCAGGAAGUUAAAGCUUGGUCGCAAAUUGGUCUUCCAAAUGGACAAUGACCCCAAGCAUACUUCCAAAGUUGUGGCAAAAUGGCUUAAGGACAACAAAGUCAAGGUAUUGGAGUGGCCAUCACAAAGCUCUACAGGCCUACAAACCUGAUUCAGUUACACCAGCUCUGUCAGAAGGAAUGGGCCAAUAUUCACCCAACUUAUUGUGGGAAGCUUGUAGAAGGCUACCCGAAACAUUUGACCCAAGUUAAACAAUUUAAAGGCAAUGCUACCCAAUACUAAUUGAGUAUAUGUAAACUUCUGACCCACUGGGAAUGUGAUGAAAGAAAUAAAAGCCGAGGUAAAUCAUUCUCUCUACUAUUAUUCUGACAUUUCACAUUCUUAAAAUAAAGUGGUGAUGAUAACUGACCUAAGACAGGGAAUUUUUACUAGGAUUAAAUGUCAGGAAUUGUGAAAAACUGAGUUGAAAUGUAUUUGGCUAAGAUGUGUGUAAACUUCUGACUUCAACUGUACUCUCUUUGAGUGUGUCCCAAAUGGUACAUUAUCCCCUAAGUAGUGCACUACUUUUGACCAGUGCCCAUAUAGGAGCACCCUUUGACUAUAGAUCUAGGAUCAGAUAACUACACCAGUCAAAUACUUAACCAUGUGGAGUGUUAGGGAAAAACAGACUCCGUAUAAUUAUUUUAAGGGUAUGAAAGGGGGGGUAAGCAGCGGAGAGAAAAGUUGUGAACCUUGAGCUUAACCCUCUGAGCCCGACGAUCCUGAACAGAUGCUGUACCUUCUCUCUUACCCCCAUCUAUCUCCCUUAUCUUCCAAAUCCUCUCCUUGACGAUAUAGAGCGUGAAGUAGGCUAAAAACCCUAUAGCGGGGACAACCUAAAUUACAACAGCACUUCGACUCCUUUCCCCUAUCUCUUCCCUUCUCCCGUUUCCCCGCUCUCCCUCCUCCCCUCUCUAUCCCUCUCUUCUCUCUCUCUCUCCCCUCUCUCCCUCCUCCCCUCUCUCUUCCCCUUCUCUCCCUCCUCCCCCGUCUUCCUCCCUCUCCUCCCCUCUCUCUCUCCAGCUGCUCAUAUAGGUGUCGGUAUAAGUGGUCAGGAGGGGAUGCAGGCGGUCCUCUCCUCAGACUACUCCUUUGCUCAGUUCCGCUUCCUAGAGGUAAGACGGCCACUGACACACCAGAGACAUUUUUAAAUCAUAAUGCAAAACCCACCUUUUUAUCUUGGACUUUUAUCAGUGAUUUAAUGUUCUAUUAGUCUAUUUUGUUGUUUAAAUAAAGUUUGUUUUGAUUUCAUUGACAGCGCCUCCUCCUGGUCCACGGUCGCUGGUCCUACCUGAGGAUGUGUAAGUUCCUGCGUUACUUCUUCUACAAGAACUUCACCUUUACCUUCGUCCACUUCUGGUACGCCUUCUUCUGCGGAUUCUCAGCACAGGUAAGAGAGAAAGAAAGAGGGAAGAGAGAGGGAAGAGAGAGGGAGAGAGAGGGGAGAGAGAGGGGAGAGAGAGGGAAGAGAGAGGGAAGAGAGAGGGGAGAGAGAGGGAGAGAGAGGGGAGAGAGAGGGAGAGAGGGGGAGAAGAGGGGGGAGAAGAGGGGAGAGAGGGGGGAGAAGAGGGGAGAGAGAAGAGGGGGGAGAAGAGGGGAGAGAGGGGGGAGAAGAGGGGAGAGAGACCCUCCACGGCGCUUGUAACGACAGGGUAGUGGGUUCGAACCCCGGGACCACCCAUACACAAAAAUGUAUGCACGCAUGACUGUAAGUCGCUUUGGAUAAAAGCGUCUGCUAAAUGGCAUAUUAUUAUUAUAUUAUUAUUUUAAUUUCUUAAACUCUAGCCAACCCAUGCCCAAUUCUAAAGCAACUCCUAUACUCCUCUACUCCUAUUGCUUUAAAGCCCCAUGCAGUCAUUAGAUUUUUAAAUCAUCACUGUAUGCCUAAUAAAUCACUGUGUGUGUUUAUUUCAUGAAAAUAACUCCAAAUAUAUGUUUAAUAAUUUAUUUCCCUAAGCCUCCUUUUGCCAUUGAACUACUCAAUCUGAUCAUAACUCCUGAGUGGCGCAGUGGUCUAAGGCACUUUAUCGCAGUGCUAACUGUCCCACUAGAGAUCCUGGUUUGAAUCCAGGCUCUGUCGCAGCCGGCCGCGACCGGGAGACUCAUGGGCGGCGCACAAUUGGCCCAGCGUCGUCCAGGGUAGGGGAGGGAAUGGCCGGCAGGGAUGUAGCUCAGUUGAUAGAGCAUGGCGUUUGCAACGCCAGGGUUGUGGGUUCGUUUCCCAGGGGGGGGCCAGUAUAAAAAAAUAUAUAUAUAUGUAUUCACUAACUGUAAGUCGCUCUGGAUAAGAGCGUCUGCUAAAUGACUAAAAUGUAAAUGUAAAAAUCAUGUGGGCGUGUUGAUACAAAUGCUUAUUUAUUUACAUACACAGUCCUGAUUGGCAGAUAGAAUCAUCUAAGCUCUAGAGCCUACCCCGCUUACCACUUUAAAGUAGGAGGAUACAAAUGCAAAUAAAAGAUGACUGGUCAUUGGUCAGAAUAAUCAGAUCAGAUUGGGGCGGCAGGUAGGUUAGCGGUUAAGAGCGUAGUGCCAGUAACUGAAAGGUCGCUGGUUCUAAUCCCCGAGCCGACUAGGUGAAAAAUCUGUCGAUGUGCCCUUGAGCAAGGCACUUAACCCUAAUUGCUCCUGUAAGUUUCUCUGGAUAAGAGCGUCUGCUAAAUGACAAAAAAAUGCACAAUUGGUCUAGCAUCGUCCGGGUUAGGGGAGGGUUUGGCUCAUUGCGCUCUAGCGCCUCCUUGUGGCGGGCCUGGCGCCUGCAGGCUUACUUCGGUUUUCCUCCAACACAUUGGUGCUGCUGGCUUCCGGGUUAAGCGAGUGGGUGUUAAGAAGUGCGGUUUGGUGGGUCAUGUUUCGGAGGACGCAUGAAUCGACCUUUGCCUCCUGAUGAGACAAGAUCGUAAUUGGGGAGAAAAAGGGGGUAGAAAAUAUGUAUAAUAAAAAACAUUUACUCUUACACUAAAAAGGGCAUUAUCAUCAUUUAUACAAUUUCAGAGUGUUAUUUGGCCCUCAUAGCGUGGAAGUCUCUUUAUUUAUUUUACAAGAAAAUCAUGUUUUUGACUGCACUGCCCCUUUUAACAACUAUUCAGUAUCUUCAGAUAUAAGGUUAUUUGUCUCUGAUCUGGUUGUGUUUCUUCCAGACGGUGUAUGACGAGUGGUUCAUCACAUUGUAUAACCUAGUCUACACAGCUCUACCUGUACUGGGCAUGAGUCUGUUUGACCAGGUAAAAGUGUGUGAUGUGAAUGUGUUUGUAUGUUCGUGCGCAGGAAUGAAUGUGUUUAUGCAAAGUGCGUGUGCAUUUCUUAUGUUUCUCCGACACAUUUUAAGAUUUGUGCAAUUUAUCAUGUUUCCUAUCUCUGUCUCCCCCUGGUGUCCAGGAUGUGAAUGACAUGUGGAGUUCCCAGCACCCCCAGCUGUACAUUCCAGGCCAGAUGAAUCAGUACUUCAGUAAGACAGCCUUCUUUAAGUGUUCCCUCCACAGUGUCUACAGCUCAGUGGUGCUGUUCUUCAUCCCCUUUGCUGCCAUGUGCGACACGGUCCGAGACGACGGCCGAGACAUUGCUGACUACCAGUCCUUCGCCCUGCUGGCCCAGACCUGUCUGGUCAUCACUGUCUGUUUACAGGUACAGUACAAUACAAUACAUUACAGUAAAUUACAUUACUUUACAGUACAAUAAAUAACAUUACAGUACAUUACAGUACAGUAAAAUACAUUGCAGUACAAUAAAUUACAGUAUAGUAUAAUACAUUAUAUUACAGUACAGUACAAUACAGUACAAUACAUUGCAUUACAGUACAGUAAUUACAGUACCAUGCAUUACAGUACAAUAUAUUACAGUACAAUACAUUGCAUUACAGUACAAUGCAUUACAGUACAGACAGACAGUACAAUACAAUACAUUAGAGUACAGUAAAAUAAAUUACAUUACAGUACAGUAAAGUACAUUACAGUAAAGUACAAUAAAAUACAUUACAGUGCAUUACAUUACAGUACUAUACAUUACAGUAUAGUAUAAUAAAUUACAGUACAUUACAUUACAGUAAAAUACAGUACAAUACAUUAAAGUACAAUACAUUGCAUUACAGUAAUUACAGUACAAUACAUUACAGUACAAUACAUUACAGUACAGUACAAUACAUUAAAGUACAAUACAUUGCAUUACAGUAAUUACAGUACAAUACAUUACAGUACAAUACAUUGCAUUACAGUAAUUACAGUACAAUGCAUUACAGUACAGACAGCACAGUACAUUGGGACCACAGUCAACUACUGGGGGAAAAAAAUGUAAAUUGACCCAGAUUUCUAAACUUUGACUUGAGAAGGCUAGACCCUAAUUUCUAUGAUGAACUACCUGCCCUGAUUGAAUACUAUUAGUCCAUGGACAUGUCCGUGUGUCUGUCUGUCUGUCGUUGCUUGUCAGUUGGUGUCCGUCUUUAUUAAUCAGUUAUAUAUAUUCCCCCCUCUCUGUACUGUAGCUGGGUCUAGACCUGUCUUACUGGACAGCGGUGAACCAGUUCUUUGUGUGGGGGAGUCUGGCCAUGUACUUUACUGUCACCUUCACCAUGUACAGCAACGGCACGUACCUCAUCUCCCCUGCAUCCUUCCCCUUCAUCGGUGAACAGCACACUCACAACUCAACACUACACGUCAUGAAACACUAUCUUGACCCGAGACAAACUCUAGACCUAGCCUGUAAAUCUGAAGGAACAAGAUAUAGGAGUAAGCAGUGUUGUUUACAUUCAUUUUAAAGAUGUUUGUGUGUGUGUGUGUGUGUGUGUGUGUAUAUAUAUGUCUGUCUGUGUCUGUGUGUGUGUGUGUGUAUGUGUGUGUGUGACUCCACUGUAUGCACCAGGCACAGCCAGGAACUCCCUGAACCAGCCCAACGUAUGGCUGACCAUCCUCCUCACCGCCAUCCUCUGUGUACUUCCUGUGGUCGCCUACCGCUUCCUGUUGAUACAGCUCCGCCCCACCAUCAACGACAAGGUGGGACCAUUGACCAAUCACACGUUGGCUUCUAGGAACACUGACCAAUCACACACUGUCUUCUAGGAAUACUAACCAAUCACACUAUUCACCUGCUCUCUCACGAUAACCAAAAGUUGGGGUCUUAUAAAGGGAACAGGUGGAAAUCUGACCUACAAUCCUAGUAUGAGUCUCAAAUAGCACCCUAUUCCCUUUAUAGUACACUACUUUAGACCAGGGCUCAUUAUGGGUAUAGGGUGCCAUUUGUGACACAUCCCUACUGAAUCUAAGAUUAACCCUAUCCCUCCCCUUCCCACCAGGUGAUGUUCAAGGUGAGACAGGCCAAGGCCGCGCCCCCUCCCCCAGCACGCCGCGCCCGGAUUCGCCGCACCAGCUCCCGCCGUUCCGGCUACGCCUUCUCGCAUGCAGCGGGCUAUGGGGACCUGGUGACGUCCAACCGUUUCCUGCGCCGUCCCGCCGUCACGCGCUCCACCGCUUUCACCCCUCUGGGACGCACCACAGGGUUCAGCCCCACGGGCCGCUCGGCAGGAUACAGCCCCACUGGGAACGCUCUGAACUCCAGACCACAGGAUGUGGAGGUGACAUCACUGCAAAUGUACCGCACGGUGCCAGACCCCGCCUUCUGAUGUACCGCACAGUGCCCGCCUUACGUCAGAUCACAUUCAUAUAUUAGCCAUUUCUGACACUCACUUAGAUAAUUAAUUUGAUGAUACAGCAGUAGCAAUACAAGGAUAUAACAUCUAUAGAAGACACAGAAAUGCUUAUGGGGGAGGUGUUGCUAUAUAUAUACAGAGCCAUAUCCCUGUAAUGCUUAGAGAAGAUCGUAUGUCAAGUGUUAUUGAAGUGUUGUGGUUGCAGGUUCACUUGCCACAUCUAAAGCCUUUUCUUUUGGUUGUUGCUAUAGGCCACCUAGUGCUAACAGUCAGUAUCUAAAUAAUAUGUGUGAAAUGCUUGAUAGUGUAUGUGAUGUAAACAGAGAGGUCUACUUUCUUGGGGACCUGAAUAUUGACUGGUUUUCAUCAAGCUGUCCGCUCAAGAGGAAGCUUCUCACUGUAACCAGUGCCUGUAAUCUGGUUCAGGUUAUUAAUCUUCCUACUAUGGUGUUUGCAAAUACUACAGGAACAAGAUCAUCCACAUAUAUUGAUCACAUUUUUACUAAUACUGUAGAACUUUGUUCUAAAGCUGUAUCCGCACCCAUUGGAUGCAGUGAUCACAAUAUAGUGGCUAUAUCCAGGAAAGCCAAAGUUCCAACAGCUGGGCCUAAAAUAGUGUAUAAGAGAUCAUACAAAACAUUUUACGGUGACUCUUAUGUGGAUGAUGUAAAAAAUAUUUGUUGGUCUGAUGUGAUUAAUAAGGAGCAUCCAGACACUGCACUUGAUGAAUUUAUGAAAUUGCUUCUUCUUAUUGAUAAACAGGCACCUGUUAGGAAACUGACUGUUAGAACUGUUAAGGCUCCAUGGAUUGAUGAGGAAUUGAAAAACUGUAUGCUUGAAAGAGACGGGGCAAAAGGAGUGGCUAAUAAGUCUGGCUGCACAUCUGACUGGCUGACUAACUGCAAAUUGAGAAAUUAUGUGACUAAACUCAACAUAAAGAAGAAGAAACUGUAUUAUGAAAGCCAAGAUCAAUGAUGGAAAAAAACUUGAGUACUUUAAAUGAAAUUAUGGGCAGAAAGACAAAUUCAACUCCAUCUUUCAUUGAAUCAGAUGGCUUAUUCAUCACAAAACCAUUUGAUGUUGCCAAUUACUUUAAUUGCUUCAUUGACAAAGUGGGCAAACUUAGGCAGGAAAUGCCAACAAUGAACACUGAGCCAACAUACUUAUGCAUAACAAAAGCAAGUAAUGAAAGAAAAGCAUUGCAAGUUUGAAUUUUGUGAAGUUAGUGUGGGAGAGGUGGAAAAAUUAUUAUCGAUCAAUAAUGACAAACCUCCUGUCAUUGACAACUUAGAUGGAAAGCUACUGAGGAUGGUAGCUGACUCUAUAGCCACUCCUAUCUGUCAAAUAUUUAAUCUGAGCCUAGAAGAAAGUCUUUGUCCUCAGGCCUGGAGGGAAGCCAAAGGCAUUCCGCUACCCAAGAGUGGUAAAGCGGCCUUUACUGGUUCUAAAAGCAUACCUAUUAGCUUGCUGCCAGCUCGUAGCAAACUGUUGGAAAGAAAUUGUGUUUGACCAAAUACAGUGCUAUCUCUCUGUAAGCAAAUUAACAACAGACUUUCAGCAUGCUUAUAGAGGACACUCAACAUGUACUGCAAUGACACAAAUGACUGAUGAUUGGUUGAAAUAAAUUGAUAUGAAGAAGAUUGUGGGAGCUGUACUGUUAGAUUUCAGUGCAGCCUUUGAUAUUAUUGACCAUAACCUGCUGUUGAGAAAACAUAUGUGUUAUGGCUUUUCAACCUCUGCCAUAUUGUGGAUUCAGAGCUAUCUAUCUAAUAGAACUCAGAGGGUUUUCUUUAAUGGAAGCAUCUCUAAUGUCAAAAUGUAAAGUGUGGCGUACCGCAGGGCAGCUCUCUAGACCGUCUACUCUUUUCAAUUUUGACCAAUAACCUGCCACUGGCAUUAAACAAAGUAUAUGUGUCCUUGUAUGCUGAUGAUUCAACCAAAUACGCAUCAGCAACCACAGCUAAUGAAGUCACUGAAACCCUUAACAAAGAGUUGCAGUCUGUUUUGGAAUGGGUGACCAGUAAUAAACUGGCUCUGAACAUCUCUAAAACUAAGAGCAUUGUAUUUGGUACAAAUCAUGAAUGUGUUGGAAAUUCCAAAUUGUUUGCAUAGUCAACUUACACACUGCACCGACCUCACCAGACAUGCCACCAGGGGUCUUUUCACAGUCCCCAGGUCCAGAACAAAUUCAAGGAAACGUACAGUAAUAUACAGAGCCAUAAGUGUAUGGAACUCCCUUCCAUCUUAUAUAGCGCAAGUGAACAGCAAACCUGGUUUCAAAAAACAAAUAAACGAACACCUCACGGCACACCGCCUCUCCCCCAUGUGACCUACAUGUUGUGUGUAUGUACUGACAUGUAUGUGGAACUACGAUGCAGACACACUACACGUUCAUAUUUUUUAAAUGCAUGUCAAUUGUAAAGUAUUUGGUCUGUCUUUUUCGUUAUGUGUCAGACCCCAGUAAGACUAGCUGUCGCCAUUGGCGUUGGCUAAAGGGGAUCCUAAUAAAUCGAAAUAGAGUAACUGUACAAAUCUCUACAGGAACAGAAUUCUUUGAGCAUUCCAAAGACAGACACUUGUGUCUGGUUGGUCACACCAUCAGAAAUAUGAAACACUGUUUUCUCCUUUUUCCUGCCUCACUCCAUCUCCUGUUCCACUCCUUGGCCGUGUGUCCCAUCAAGUCUCUUCUCAUGGGGAAAUGUGCCUCUACAGAUCAACUGUAUACUGUAAAAGCCCUGUGUCAGGACAGAUUGACUGAGAGAUUCUCUCAGGCUGUCAAAGGAGGAUAUACUAUACUGACUCAGUGCUGUGACACCAUAGGGAAGCAGUAAACCAAAGGCCAGUCCAAACAUCUGAGUCAUAGGCUUCAUGCCUUAUUCCAAGCCUCGUACGACCAUCCUGAUCAUGGAUUCAUUACAUUACAUUUACAUUUUAGUCAUUUAGCAGACGCUCUUAUCCAGAGUGACUGACAGUUAGUGAAUACAUAUCUUUUUUUUUAUUUAUAUACUGGCCCCCCGUGGGAAUCGAACCCACAACCCUGGCGUUGCAAACGCCAUGCUCUAUCAACUGAGCUACAUCCCUGCCGGCCAUUCCCUCCCCUACCCUGGACGACGCUGGGCCAAUUGUGCGCCGCCCAUGAGUCUCCCGGUCGCGGCCGGCUACGACAGAGCCUGGAUUCGAACCAGGAUCUCUAGUGGCACAGUUAGCACUGCGAUGCAGUGCCUUAGACCACUGCGCCACUCAGGAGUACUCUAUUCAAAACACACAGACAAAACACACAGAUUCAAUCAGUGUAGUGAAACGGAAUGUAAACUUGCAAGAUCAGGAUGGUGGUACAAGGCUAGCUUCUUCCAUAACUCAACCAGCCCUCUACUCUUCCACUGUGAUGAUAUCCAAUCAAAUCAAAUAUUAUUGGUCACAUACACAUAUUUAGCAGACGUUAUUGCGGGUCUAUGCAAUCACACAGGUGAAGAGAUGUACUGUACACUCCAACACUAACCAGAGGGAGAUGGAGUGACAUGUUUAUGGGUCGACAUCCUGUCUGGCCAAGACGGAUUGUGGGAGUCAAGAUGGAGGGCAACUCCAGCAGAAUCCCGAUUGUAUGAUGGAGUGUUUUUGUCCUUUAAAACCAAGCAAUGUUUUAGUCCUUUUAUACUCAUUUGAAUUAAAAACUACUUGUGGACUUGAUUCAAUUAUUUAAGACAUUUGUUUUUAUAGAGAUGGAAUAGAUCUAGCUUCUGUUCACUGAUUUAGCCCUCAUCCAACGGCUAAAUCAGUGUUUAUCCUGAAUGGGAUAGUGACAUGGUUAGCAUGCUAGCCAUUAGCCUCUGGACCAGCUACACGUUAAUGCCAAAAUAAUGGAAACACUUGAGUAAAUGAGGGAUAGAGAGUAUAUUGAAAGCAGGUGCUCCCACACAGGUGUGGUUCCUGAGUAAAUUAAGCAAUUAACAUCCCAUCAUGCUUAGGGUCAUGUAUAAAAAUGCUAGGCAGGCCAUUAUUUUGGCUACCAUUGCUAUGCCCCCAUCCACAGGGCACGAGUGGUUACUGAAUGGUUUGAUGACCAUGAAAACGAUGUAAACCAUAGGCCAUGACAAGAUCUCAACCCAAUUGAACACUUAUGGGAGAUUCUUGGGAGGUGCCUGAGACAGCGUUUUCCACCACAAUUAACAGAACACAAAAUUAUGGAAUUUCUCAAGGAAGAAUGGUGUCGCAUUCCUCCAAUAGAGUUCCGGACACUUGUAGAAUCUAUGCUAAAGUGCAUUGAAGCUGUUCUGGCCCAACGCCCUGUUAAGACACUUUAUGUUGGGGUUUCCUUUAUUUUGGCAGUUACCUGUAGGUCCCAAUACAACAUGAUGACACAAGUUGAGAGGCACAGGGACAGCCGUGGAGUAGCGGCCAUCGGAUGAAGAGCCAUGUAGGUGUUACGUGCCUUGCUCUAGGGCACAAUGCCAGGAAACAGUACCUGGGAGCAGAGCCUAGCACCAGCGAGGCAGUAGACACAAGGUUGCUGUUUCAACCCCCGGACAGAGCUGGGCAGUAAUGAUGUAAUUUUUUUUCACUUAUGUUACGAACCCCGUGGCUUUAAAAGUCUAGGGUGGAUGGAAAGAGACCCAUAACAUAACUCAUGCGAAUUAGAAUAUUGCCAAGGAACAGUGAAAACAAAAAUACACCGACAACCAAAAAGCUACCGUCAAACACAAAAAUGUAUAUUAUAAACACACAGUAAAGGUUUGGGGAAAAGGGGCUAAGCAGGACCCAAGGAAUUAAAUAAUGUCAAAAAAAACUAUACUGAUCUUGCCUGCCUCAAGAACCGCUAAGCUUACUACUAACUACAAAAAAAUACAGUGGGUGGUCCGCUCAAGUCUAACUAGUGUUUUUAGACAAAGUUUUCCUACGGGUAGUGUAUGCCCAAGGGCGACUUGCUAAAACUCCCCUUUUCCCAGGAACAAACAUAGUUACCAUAUGGAGUAAACAGCAAAUGAGUGAGAACACAAAAAAAAAAAAAAAAGAUACCACAGUAUUCAUACUCACAAACAACAACUGACUGGCUUUUUAAACAAGGGGAUGUGUGAUGUGAUUGGGUAAUGAAAACCAGAAACAGGUGGUGCAAUACAGAGGAGUUUCCACUGAUUGGUCCACCUCAGCAAUCUGCAGACGAACGGAUGUCGGACACACCAACGACCACCAAUCAGGAAAACAAAGGACACCUGUGAUAAGGACAGAAGGAGAGGAAAUACACAUACAGGAUACCUGUAUCUGUAACAACUUAUUUGAAUAUUUCAGCAUUCAUUUUUAAAAACACCCGUGGCAAUAUGACGUCAACUGUUUUAUAAUUUAUAUGAAUUUAAACACGGUUGGUAAUAGAGAAAGAUGUUAGACUUUUAUAAUGAGUCACUUAACAUUACACCAGUCUGCUAGUCAUGAGUGAUAUGUUAUAUUAGAGAGGAGUCAUCUAUACACAUCUAUUUUAGACCAUAGGAGAAAUAUCAGAUUGAAAUAGCUUCUCUAAACUAAGGGGAAACAUAAUCUGAGCAGAGAGCAACAAUAGAAAAGAGAUUACAUGCAUAUCCAUUGACUUAUAGCAAGUGCUGGAUGUCAGUCAAGUGUUCAAUAAAAGGUGAAAAGGGAACUCCAGUCUGCACACUGAUUAUGCUCCCAUGUGAAUGUAUUAGACAGAGAUUUAGUGGUCGAAACACUGUCUAAUACAUUCACAUGAAAGCAACAAUAGACACAUCGUUAGCUCUGACAGACUUAAAACUCCAAUACAUCCAGGUACUGUAGGUGUGGCAGCAGUAUUGAUCACAGAUCUCCACAGUACAUGUAAUUAUCCAGGAGAGGGAGCUAGAAACACAUCCUCCCCAAAUUCAAAACCUCUGGCAAGUUCCCAAACUGAAUGUGGGACAGGGUUUUUAUUUUACUAUAAUAAAAAGGCAUUCCUUUUCCAUGAAUACAAUUUUAAAAUCAUUUCUGAUGGGUUUUUUUUUUUUUUAAGUCACUGGCGAUUAUAUAUCCCAUAUCACAACAAGUGUAUGCUAUUGUGCAAUGGAACCAAUGGAAUAGUCCCAAAAGUGCAGCACAACAAAUUCAAGCACAACAUAUUAUUUCAAGUAGGCCAAUUUUUCAAGUAGGCUAGACAAGGCAAGGUAGUCAGCAUUUGUUAUUGUUGCGCUAUUAGACAAGUAGAACUGAUUUGGCCCAGUAGACCCACUGGAGUUGGCUGCACAUCAGAGACUAUUCCAAGCCUGGGUGAAGGUCUGUUGUGAUAUCGUUCCAACUCCUUGUCACUCAUUUUCAUGCCAAACAGGGUUGUCAUGACAAUGACAGCAAUGGACCAGGCUAUACCAUUCCAGAAUAUGUAAAAUAUGUUGUAGCCUAGGCCUAUGCUCCAGGCCAGGCAGGUCUGUAAUGAUGGUGACUGAGGCAGAUAGGCCAGCUGGGCUUGCUCGCCUUGGGCCUAGAAACCAGUGCCUUACGCCAGGGGUCCUCGGGAUCCUUGAGACGUCCCCACCCCAUUGAAGUUGUAAUUUAAAAUGGUUAAGGUUAGGGUUAGGUAAGGGUUACGGUUAAGUUUAGGGUUUAGAGUAGGGACGUCCUAAGGAUCCCGGAUAGCACUAACCCUUAUGCCAGGGCCCAGCCAGGGGCGUGGUGGAAAUGACUGAGCCGACUGAGCCCAGUCCAUAUUGGGCUGCUUACUGGCUGCUACUGAUGAUCUAUUCUUAGCUGUAUGAGAACAUGGCUAUGGUUCCGGAACCCUCCUAGCUCCUGUAUUCUUAGCUGUCCAAAAUUCUAACUUUUCCCUCAGGUCCUGGUCGGGUCUUGUUUGAUUGCCAUCAGAUCGCCUAUAGCACAUUUAUUUUACUCUAAUAAGGUGAAUUUAUUGACUUAUAGAAGGCUUAGCCAACAUAUAAAGUAUAUUUCUUAACCAGAAGAUAAACUUGUCUGAUAAACAUACUUUUUUUUGUCACUUGGGUCCAAUCGGGUCUGAUCUAGACCCGGACCAGUUAGCGUAUGGGUCCAGUCUAGGUCUGGUUUUCGCCGGGUCCAUUUGGGUUUGGGUCUGAUUGUCCCCUUUACAAAAAAAAUAUUGGGUCUAUUCGGGUCCGGGUCUGAUUGUCAUCGGGUCCGUUCAGGUCCAGGUCCAACUUUUUGCACCCGAGAAGUCCUCAAGCUCCAUUCCUCUCUCGUUUGCAAACAGGAGACAAAUAGCACGUGUACUGGGCGUGUCUUAGCUAAACGUCACCAACCCCUAAGCCAAUGAUUUUAUCAGAUAUUUAAAUAUAUUUGUUUAAUCAAAACCCGUCUGAACGCUGAGCUCUGGUUGGUUCGUGGAAGUCCAACUGACCAAUCGCUUAAAUGACAGGUGCCCAGCUGACCGUAAACCCCGCCUCCUAUUGAUUUUUCAUCAAACCCCGGAAACAUCGUUGUUUAAAGAGGCACUGAGCAUUUCAUGGCGGACGUCUUCGAUGAACACAGCUGAAUCGCAGAAAAGCAAAUACGAGCGACGUAGCCAGCCAGUCUGCAAAAUAGCUAGCUACUUGUGUUCAGAGAGAAGAGGAGAGACUACAAGACUGAUUUUAUUUUAUAUUUUUCGAUGACCGACGCUGCAAUCAACCUUUUUCGAAGCUAGCUAACGUUUAGAUAGCAAACCCAUAUUUGAAUUUAAACAGAGACGCUUGAUGUGAAAUCGGUCAGGGCUGUCCCGCAGCGAAAAUAAAAGGCCAAAACUGCGUUUCUGAGACGAAGGGAAUGUCUAAUUAACAUCCCUGUACGUGUCAAGCCUGUCAUUCCCUUCUUCUAGCUGCGCUGGUGAGUAACAAAGCUUUUUCAUGGUCAGUGAAUUCUGUUCUUUUUCCUUCCCUAUACUGAAAACUAGUUGGCUAACGGCUGUUUUACGGUUUACAUUUAGGAUUUAUCGUGGAAAAACACUGUCGAUAUUGUACUAUUUGUAAUGACUUUAUAAUAACCACACAUGUAUUUCAUGGUUAUACAUGUGAACAGUGAUCUUUGUGAAAAACAUACAAAUGAUGCAAGACAUCAAGGCAGCUGGCUACAUGGUAGUUUAGAACUUUGCAGUAUUGCAUUAUUUUCUUUGCCCUUGCCAUUUGAAAUACCAGACAAGCCCAGAUGACAACGUCAUGACACACACAAACACACACACACACACACACACACACUUACUGUAUGUCUGCCUAGGGGGCGUUCCUCUGCUUUGUUUUCCUUCACACAAAAAACUUGUGCGUGUACAGAAUAAGAACAAGGAGAUGAAGUCCAAUCCCGCUGGUUUGCAAUGCACACAGUCUGCAAUCCAUGCAUGCCUUGACUUAACUACAUACAGAUGCAAUGCAUUUGCGUGGUACUGUACUGUCUGUAGGUCGUAGCCUAUGUUUAUUUUUCUUUAUUUAACUAGGCAAGUCAGUUAAGAACAAAUUCUUAUUUACAAUGAUGGCCUACACCGGCCAAACCCGGACGACGCUGGGCCAAUUGUGCGCCGCCCUAUGGGACUCCCAAUCAUGGCCGGUUGUGAUACAGCCUGGAAUCGAACCAGGGUGUCUGUAGUGACGCCUCUAGUACUGAGAUGCAGUGCCUUAGACCACUGCGCCACUCGGGAGCCCCGAGUGGGUGAGGAAGGGGUGUGGAACUCACUACCACACAUGCUAUAAAUCUUUGAGUUGAUUACGGUAUAAUGGCGGUCAAAUAAUCUUAAUAAUAUUGCUGUAACUAACAGCAUAGGAGAGGAAGGGAAUCCCCCUGUCCAAAGCGCUAGCUGGGUUUCAUUGUUCUGUAAGAGGAGAUGGAACUAGAUAGAUGGAAAUGCAUUGGAGGGAAGCUAUCAUCUGGGAGAUGGCACCUGUGGACCAAUGUACUGACUGAAGCUACAAUGUUGCAGUUAUUACUGCUGCUAUGUUUCAUAACUACAUUGUUGCAGUAGGCUAGUAGCCUUUGCUACUGUGAUAAGAAGUGCAGUGACAUGUGUGUGUGAUUGAGCAGAGCUGCAGGGCCCUUAUCUUUGUGUUCACAAGCAAGAUAGCAUUGGCAAACACAUUAUACACACACACACACACACAUUAUAUACACACAGUCUUUACAGUACCAACACCCACACACACACAAACUAAAAACUAUACUCCUAUACAAUACACACUAAAAACUGUACUCAAAUACAACACACACCAGGGGCUUAGCCAGGAAUCUGUUGGUGGCUGGGCCUGCAAAAAUAAUGUAUAAUUGUUUUGUUUUUGGUCAAUCUGAUUGGGUGGGCCUGUCAAGGCCUACACCCCUGACACACAGUGCACUUUCUUAUCUCUGACCUGCCCUUGCAGUGCUCAGACAAGCCCCUCCUCUCUCUCUUUUCAAUUCAAUUUCAAUUUAAGUUGCUUUAUUGGCAUGGGAAACAUAUGUUUACAUUACCAAAGCAAGUGAAAUAGAUAGUAAACAAAAGUGAAAUAAACAUUAUUUUAUUUAUUUAUUUUUACAGUAAACAUUACACUCACAAAAGUUCAAAAAGAAUAAAGACAUUUCAAAUGUCAUAUUAUGUGCAAAUAGUUAAAGUACAAAAGGGAAAAUAAAUAAACAUAUAUGGGUUGUAUUUACAAUGGUGUUGGAUCUUCACUGGUUGCCCUUUUCUUGUGGCAACAGGUCACAAAUCUUGCUGCUGUGAUGGCACACUGUGGUAUUUCACCCAAUAGAUAUGGGAGUUUAUCAAUAUUGGGUUUGUUCUCAAAUUCUUUGUUAGAUCUGUGUAAUGAGGGAAAUACAGUGGGGAAAAAAAGUAUUUAGUCAGCCACCAAUUAUGAAAGUUCUCCCACUUAAAAAGAUGAGAGAGGCCUGUAAUUUUCAUCAUAGGUACACGUCAACUAUGACAGACAAAUUGAGGAAAAAAAAUCUAGAAAAUCACAUUGUAGGAUUUUUAAUGAAUUUAUUUGCAAAUUAUGGUGGAAAAUAAGUAUUUGGUCAAUAACUAAAGUUUCUCAAUACUUUGUUAUAUACCCUUUGUUGGCAAUGACACAGGUCAAACGUUUUCUGUAAGUCUUCACAAGGUUUUCACAGACUGUUGCUGGUAUUUUGGCCCAUUCCUCCAUGCAGAUCUCCUCUAGAGCAGUGAUGUUUUGGGGCUGUCACUGGGCAACACGGACUUUCAACUCCCUCCAAAGAUUUUCUAUGGGGUUGAGAUCUGGAGACUGGCUAGGCCACUCCAGGACCUUGAAAUGCUUCUUACGAAGCCACUCCUUCGUUGCCCGGGCGGUGUGUUUGGGAUCAUUUUCAUGCUGAAAGACCCAGCCACGUUUCAUCUUCAAUGCCCUUGCUGAUGGAAGGAGGUUUUCACUCAAAAUCUCACGAUACAUGGCCCCAUUCAUUCUUUCCUUUACACGGAUCAGUCGUCCUGGUCCCUUUGCAGAAAAACAGCCCCAAAGCAUGAUGUUUCCACCCCCAUGCUUCACAGUAGGUAUGGUGUUCUUUGGAUGCAACUAAGCAUUCUUUGUCCUCCAAACACGACGAGUUGAGUUUUUACCAAAAAGUUAUAUUUUGGAUUCAUCUGACCAUAUGACAUUCUCCCAAUCCUCUUCUGGAUCAUCCAAAUGCACUCUAGCAAACUUCAGACGGGCCUGGACAUGAACUGGCUUAAGCAGGGGGACACGUCUCGCACUGCAGGAUUUGAGUCCCUGGCGGCGUAGUGUGUUACUGAUGGUAGGCUUUGUUACUUUGGUCCCAGCUCUCUGCAGGUCAUUCACUAGGUCCCCCCGUGUGGUUCUGGGAUUUUUGCUCACCGUUCUUGUGAUCAUUUUGACCCCACGGGGUGAGAUCUUGCGUGGAGCCCCAGAUCGAGGGAGAUUAUCAGUGGUCUUGUAUGUCUUCCAUUUCCUAAUAAUUGCUCCCACAGUUGAUUUCUUCAAACCAAGCUGCUUACCUAUUGCAGAUUCAGUCUUCCCAGCCUGGUGCAGGUCUACAAUUUUGUUUCUGGUGUCCGUUGACAGCUCUUUGGUCUUGGCCAUAGUGGAGUUUGGAGUGUGACUGUUUGAGGUUGUGGACAGGUGUCUUUUAUACUGAUAACAAGUUCAAACAGGUGCCAUUAAUACAGGUAACGAAUGGAGGACAGAGGAGCCUCUUAAAGAAGAAGUUACAGGUCUGUGAGAGCCAGAAAUCUUGCUUGUUUGUAGGUGACCAAAUACUUAUUUUCCACCAUAAUUUGCAAAUAAAUUCAUUAAAAAUCCUACAAUGUGAUUUUCUAGAUUUUUUUUUCUCAAUUUGUCUGUCAUAGUUGACGUGUACCUAUGAUGAAAAUUACAGGCCUCUCUCAUCUUUUUAAGUGGGAGAAAUUGCACAAUUGGUGGCUGACUAAAUACUUUUUUUCCCCACUGUAUGUGUCUCUAAUAUGGUCAUACAUUUGGCAGGAGGUUAGGAAGUGCAGCUCAGAUUCCACCUCAUUUUGUGGGCAGUGUGCACAUAGGCCGCCGUAGGCAGAUCUGCCUCUCAAGAGAAGAUGGGCUCUCUCAAUAGCAAAGCUAUGCUCACUGAGUCUGUACAUAGUAAAAGCUUUCCUUAAGUUUGGGUCAGUCACAGUGGUCAGGUAUUCUGCCAACUGUGCACUCUCUGUUUAGGGCCAAAUACAUUCUAGUUUGCUCCAUUUUUGUUGUUAAUUCUUUCCAAUGUGUGAAGUAUUAUUAUUUUUAAAAAAUUAUGUAUAAUUUUGUACAUUAUUAGCUCAGAAAGUGUUUUGUAUCAUUACAUACAGCCGGGAAAAACUAUUGGAUAUCAGAGCGACGGUAACUCUCCAGUAUUACGACCAGGAAUACGACUUUCCCGAAGCAGAUCCUUUGUUUGCUCUCCCCAGAGCAACUGAACUGAUUCCAGCGGCUGACCCAAAACAUCGCCGGCGGAGGAGAGGCACUCGGAGCGGCCUGCUGGUUCGAUUUAGGAGGCGUGCACACCACCCUCCGCUUCCAAGGAUACUACUCGCUAAUGUUCAGUCUCUGGUGAUCAAGGUCGACGAGCUCCGGGCAAAUAUUUAUUUCCAGAGUGACAUCAAGGCCUGUAACAUACUUUGUUUCACGGAAACAUGGCUCUCUGGGGAUAUUCUGACGAAAUCGGUCCAGCCAGAUGGGUUCUCAGUUCAUUGCGCAGACAGGAAUAAAUAUCUCUCCGGGAAGCAGAAGGGCGGAGGUGUGUGUGUUUCAUGAUUAACGACUCAUGGUGUAAUUGUAGUAACAUACAGGAACUCAAGUCCUUUUGUUCACCUGACCUAGAAUACCUCACAAUCAAAUGCCGACCGUAUUAUCUCCCAAGAGAAUUUUCGUUGGUUAUAGUCACGGCCAUGUAUAUCCCCCCUCAAGCCGAUACCACGACGGCCUUCCAAUAACUUAAUAAUAAUAAUAAUAUGCCAUUUAACAGACGCUUUUAUCCAAAGCGACUUACAGUCAUGCGUGCAUACAUUUUUGUGUAUGGGUGGUCCCGGGGAUCGAACCCACUACCUUUGCGUUACAAGCGCCGUGCUCUACCAGCUGAGCUACAGAGGACCACCCAUACCUUAACUUCACUGGACUUCAUGCAAACUGGAAACCACAUAUCCUGAGGCUGCAUUUAUUGUAGCCAGGGAGUUUAACAAAGCAAAUAUGAGGACUAGGCUGCCGAAGUUCUAUCAACAUAUCGACUGAUGUACUUGCGCUGCUAAAAUCCUCGACCAUUGCUAUUCGAACUUCCGGGAUGGUUAUAAGGCCCUCCCCCACCCUCCUUUCGGCAAAUCUGACCACGACUCCAUUUUGCUCCUCCCUUCUUAUAGGCAGAAACUCAAACAGGAAGUACCCGUGCUAAGGACUAUUCAACGCUGGUCUGACCAAUCGGAAUCCACGCUUCAAGGUUGUUUUGAUCACGCGGGCUGGGAUAUGUUCCGGGUAGCUUGCGAAAAUAAUUUAGACGAAUACACUGAAACGGUGAUUGAGUUUAUCAGGAAGUGUAUAGGUGAUGUUGUGCCCACUGUGACUAUUAAAACCACCCAUACACAAAAAAAUUAAAUAAAUUAUGCACGCAUGACUGUAAGUCGCUUUGGAUAAAAGCGUCUGCUAAAUGGCAUAUUAUAUUAUAUUAUUAUUAUAAAACCUACCCUAACCAGAAACCGUGGAUAGAUGGCAGCAUUCGCGCAAAACUGAAAGCGCGAACCACCGCAUUUAACCAUGGCAAGGUGACUGGGAAUAUGGCAGAAUACAAACAAGUGUAGCUACUCACUCCGCAAGGCAAUUAAACUGGCAAAAAAUCAGUAUAGAGACAAAGUGGAGCCGCAAUUCAAUGGCUCAGACACGAGACAUAUGUGGCAGGGUCUACAGACAAUCUUGGACUACAAAAGGUAAACCAGCCACGACGCCGACACGGCGUCUCGCUUCCAGACAAGCUAAACACUUUCUUCGCCCGCUUUGAGGAUAACACAGUGCCACCGACGAGGCCCACUACCAAGGACUGUGGCCUCUCAAGGCUGCCGGCCCAGACGGCGUCCCUAGCCCUCAGAGCAUGCGCAGACCAGCUGGCUGGUGUGUUUACGGACAUAUUCAAUCUCUCACUUUCCCAGUCUGCUGUUCCCACAUGCUUCAAGAUGGCCACCAUUGUUCCUGUACCCAAGAAAGCAAAGGUAACUAAACUAAAUGACUAUUGCCCCAUAGCACUCACCUCUGUCAUCAUGAAGUGCUUUGAGAGACUAGUCAAGGAUCAUAUCUACCUUACCUGUCACCCUAGACCCACUUCAAAUUGCUUACCGCCCCAAUAGAUCCACAGACGAUGGAUCGCCAUCACACUGCACACUGACUGCCCUAUCCCAUCUGGACAAGAGGAAUACCUAUGUAAGAAUGCUGUUGAUUUACUAUAGCUCAGCAUUCAACACCAUAGUACCCUCCAAGCUCAUCAUUAAGCACAAGGCCCUGGGUCUGAACCCCGCCCUGUGCAACUGGGUCCUGGAUUUCCUGACGGGCCGCCCCCAGGUGGUGAGGGUAGGAAACAACAUCUCCACUAAGCUGAUCCUCAACACUGGGGCCCCACAAGGGUGCGUGCUCAGCCCCCUCCUGUACUCCCUGUUCACCCAUGACUGCGUGGCCAAGCCCGUCUCCAACUCAAUCAUCAAGUUUGCAGACGACACAACAGUAGGAGGCUUGAUUACCAACAAUGACGAGACCGCCUACAGGGAGGAGGUGAGGGCUCUGUGAAUGUAUUGCCAGGAAAAUAACCUCUCACUCAACGUCAACAAAACAAAGGAGAUGAUCGUGGACUUCAGGAAAAAGCAGAGGGUGCACCCCCCCUAUCCACAUCGACGGGACCGCAGUGGAGAAGGUGGAAAGCUUGAAGUUCCUUGGCGUACACAUCACUGACAAACUGAAAUGGUCCACCCACACAGACAGUGUGGUGAAGAAGGCGCAACAGAGCCUCUUCAACCUCAGGAGGCUGAAGAAAUUUGGCUUGGCACCUAAAACCCUCAAACUUUUACAGAUGCACAAUUGAGAGCAUCCUGUCGUGCUGUAUCACCGCCUGGUACGGCAACUGCACCGCCCGCAACCGCAGGGCUCUCCAGAGGGUGGUGCGGUCUGCCAAACGCAUUACCGGGGGCAAACUACCCGCCCUCCAAGACACCUACAGCACCCGAUGUCACAGAAAGGCCAAAAAGAUCAUCAAGGACAUCAACCACCCGAGCCACUGCCUGUUCACCCCGCUAUCAUCCAGAAGGCGAGGUCAGUACAGGUGCAUCAAAGCUGGGACCGAGAGAAUGAAAAACAGUUUCUAUCUCAAGGCCAUCAGACUGUUAAAUAGCCAUCACUAGCACAUUAGAGGCUGCUGCUGCCUAUUGAAAUCACUGGCCACUUUAAGAAAUGGAACACUAGUCACUUUAAUAAUGUUUACAUAUCUUGCACUACUCAUCUCAUGUGUAUAUACUGUAUUGUAUUCUAUAAUAUUCUACUGUAUCUUAGUCCAUGCCGCUCUGUCAUUGCGUGUCCAUAUAUGUAUUCUUAAAUUCCAUUCCUUACUAGAUUUGUGUGUAUUGGGUAUAUGUUGUGAAAUUGUUAGAAAUUACUUGUUAGAUAUUACUGCACUGUCGGAGCUAGAAGCACAAGCAUUUCGCUACACCCGCAAUGACAUCUGCUAAACACGCGUAUGUGACAAAUAAAAUUUGAUUUGAAUUAUCUUUGUGUUUUCUCAUGAUUUGGUUGGGUCUAAUUGUGUUGCUGUCCUGGGGCUAUGUUUGUGUUUGUGAACAGAGCCCCAGGAACAGCUUGCUUAGGGGACCCUUCUCCAAGUUCAUGUCUCUGUAGGCGAUGGCUUUCUAAGGGAAGGUUUGGGAAUCGCUUCCUUUUAGGUGGUUGUAGAAUUUAAUGGCUAUUUCUGGAUUUUGAUAAUUAGCAGGUAUCGGCCUAAUUCUGCUCUGCAUGCAUUAUUUGGUGUUUUACGUUGUACACUGAGGAUAUUUUUUGCAGAAUUCUGCAUGCAGAGUCUGAAUUUGCUGUUGGUCACAUUUUGUGAAUUCUUGGUUGGUCAGCGGACCGGGCAAUGGGUUCCAUAACUGAUUCAAGUAUAUCAUCCUAAUUGGUAUGUCGAAUUUUGAUGGAAUAAGGCGGCCCUUCUUUCCUUUUGUAUCUUUUCUCUCUCUCUCACUCUCUAUCUCUCUCCUUCUCGCUCUCUCUCCCACUCUCUCAAUUUCCAUCUCUCCUUCGCUUUCUCUCUCUCUUUCUGUCUUUUUCAUCAUGUUAAAACCAGUGGGCAUUGUCCUCGGCGGUGAAUGACCAGCCUGAUCACUAGAAAUAGACAGAGAUUUCGAACGUUUGAGAAGGUCCCGAGAACGUCGAUAUACACUAUAUAUACAAAGUAUGUGGACACCUCUUCAAAUUAGUGGAUUUGGCUAUUUCAGCCAAACCUGUUGUUGCUGACAGGUGUAUAGAAUCGAGCACACAACCAUGCACUCUCCAUUGACAAACAUUGGCAGUAGAAUGGCCUUACUGAAGAGCUCAGUGACUUUCAACGUGGCACCGUCAUAGGAUGCCACCUUUCCAACAAGUCAGUUCAUCAAAUUUCUGCCCUGCUAUAGCUGCCCCGGUCAACUUUAAGUGCUGUUAUUGUGAAGUGGAAACGUCUAGGAGCAACUACCGCUCAGCCGCAAAGUGGUAGACCACACAAGCUCACAGAAUGGGAUCGCCGAGUGCUGAAGCGCAUAGCGUGUAAAAAUCGUCUGUCCUCGGUUGCAACACUCACUACCGAGUUCCAAACUGCCUCUGGAAGCAACAUCAGCACAAUAACUGUUUGUCGGGAGCUUCAUGAAAUGGGUUUCCAUGGCCGAGCAGCUGCACACAAGCCUAAGAUCACCAUGCGCAAUGCCAAGCGUCGGUUGGAGUAGUGUAAACCUUGCCGCCAUUGGACUCUGGAGCAGUGGAAAUACGUUCUCUGGAGUGAUGAAUCACGCUUGACCAUCUGGCAGUCCGACAGACGAAUCUGGGUUUGGCGAAUGCCAGGAGAAUGCUACCUGCCCCAAUGCAUAGUGCCAACUGUAAAGUUUGGUGGAGGAGGAAUAAUGGUCAGGGGCUGUUUUUCAUGGUUCGGGCUAGGCCCCUUAGUUCCAGUGAAGGGAAAUCUUAACGCUACAGCAUACAAUUACAUUCUAGAUGAAUCUGUGCUUCCAACUUUGUGGCAACAGUUUGGGGAAGGCCCUUUCCUGUUUCAGCAUGACAAUGCCCCAGUGCACAAAGCGAGGUCCAUACAAAAGUGGUUUGUCGAGAUCGGUGUGGAAGAACUUGACUGGCCUGCACAGAGCCCUGACCUCAACCCCAUCGAAGACCUUUGGAAUGAUUUGGAACAACCAACUGCGAGCCAGGUCUAAUCGCCCAACAUCAGUGCCCAACCUCACUAAUGCUCUUGUGGCUGAAUGGAAGCAAGUCCCUGCAGAAAUGUUCCAACAUCUAGAGGAAAGCCUUCCCAGAAGAGUGGAGGCUGUUAUAGCAGCAAAGGAGGGACCAACUCCAUAUUACUGCCCAUGAUUUUUGGUCAUGUAGCGUAUACUCGGUGCUCACACAAAAAAAGAACCAACUGCCCAGCACUGGGCACGAACUCGUGAUGCUCGGAGGUGGAACGCACAGUUUAGACCACUGCGCCAGAACAGUUCACAAUGCUCUAGCAAGCCGUGAGAAUACUUGAUGAUAGUUGAUGGAAACAGCACAUUGUUUUUUAAUUAUUUUGUUUUGAAGGGAAUAUUGCAGAAUUAGGUUGCUCUUAAACGUUCUGAUUGGUUUCAUCCUUCAAACUAAAAGUCCCAAUACGACAUAUCACUUUAUAUUUGUAUUUUGGGAGAAAUGUAUAUUUUAUCACAAUUUGACCGAAGUCAUGUCGGAAAAGCGUUCGGAAAAGUAACGUCAGAAGAACACACGAGUGAAUACACAGCGUGGAGGUCGAUUUUUAAGGCAGCCACCUGCACCUCUCUGAUUUCAGAGGGGUUGGGUUAAAUGCGGAAGACACAUUUCGGUUGAAUGCAUUCAGUUGUGACUGACUAGAUCCCGUUCCUCUUCCCCACUGUCCACAUAAGCCGGUGAAGACCCACAUCAUACCGAGUCUUCAUUGUUUUUGAAAAUAUAUUUGCCAACUAAUCAUCUGACCAUAUCCUGUGAUUUCUUUAUUCUGUAUCAGCCAAAAUGUUUUAUCACUUAUACAGCGCACAGGUUUUUAGCAUAGCCCCUUUUCCACCCCUGCUGGAUUACCCGUACUAGCUAACCACUUGCAGCCUUGAAACACAUCACUUAUUAGCAGUUCAGCGCAUCAGCAUUUCUCGUACUGUUACACAAAAUGAAGAUAAACCUUUACCAUCAUAGUAGACAUUGAACGUCUAAAACCAAACUGGCUCAAACUGUUGUUGGCCGAUGGUAGCUAUAGCUAUCCACAUGCUAACCUGCGUGCUAACGUUACUAAUGUUACUAGCAGCAGUAACAUUAAAUCCAGGUAUAUUGGCUAACACAAACAUUGGCUACCAUGAUAUCCUGCAAGCUAUAUCGGCCGGUAAAGAUCAGGCAGUUCAGCAAAAAGACAGACCUUGAAAUAAACAAUCAUUAAUCCUAUUGGUAUUUGACCAUUUCAAUUCUGCAAAACGUGCAGUGUUGAUAGUUGUUGUAGCUUGCUAGCUAGGUAGCUCGCUUAUUCCUUCCCCAAACACCAUGCUAUAUCAGAGAGGGCCAGUUCGUUUUGCAUGGUCCGGUGUACUUAGAUAGCCGGCUAUCUUCGUUUUCUAUCAUUAACUAGCAACAUAACAUGACACAACUCAUUGGGCACUUUAGUACCUACUUACCUGAUUGGCCACCAUCACCGAAGCCACCAGCAGGCCGGUCCUUUCUUGAUGUUAAAGCCGCAAUGUAUUGUUGGUGUAUGAGUUUUUGGUAAAUGUAAUUCAAAUUGCGAAAAUAGAAGUGUGUAAUUAUUUUUGCAUAAACUUUUCCAUAAAGAUCAUUUUAGAUGGAAUAUAAUCAAUCUGUUAGAUUUGUGGAAUAUAUAUAUCGUGCAACCUUUCCUUUUAAGCCUUUCCCAAAGGUCUGUCCGUGAUAAAGAGAUGCUCAGCUUUUUUGACACAACACUCCACAAAGCAAGUCCUGCAGGCUCUAGUUUGAUCUUAUCUUGAUUAUUGAUCAGUCAAAUGGUCGAGUGCUGAAAAGAAGGACCUAGUUAAGAUGCAGCAGGCCCAGAACAGAGCAGCACGUCUUGCUCUUCAUUGUAAUCAGAGGGCUAAUAUCAAUACUUUGCAUGCCAGUCUCUCUUGGCUAAGAUUUGAGGAAAGACUGACUGCAUCGCUUCUUGUUUUGUAAGAAACAUUCAUGUGUUGGAAAUUCCAAAUUGCUUGCAUAGUCAACUUGCACACAGCACUGACCUCACCAGACAUGCCACAAGGGGUCUUUUCACAGUCCCCAGGUCCAUAACAAGUUCAAGGAAAAUUAUUUUACAGAGCAAUGAGUGCAUGGAACUCCCUUCCAUCUUAUAUAGCUCAAGUGAACAGCCAACCUGGUUUCAUAAAACAAAUAAAGCAACACCUCACGGCACCCGGCCUCUCCCCCAUGUGACCUACUUGUUGUGUGUAUGUACUGACAUGUGUAUAUAUCUGAUAGAUGCACACACAUGUUCAUGUUUUUAAAUCUAUGUCAAUUGUAAAGUAUUUUGUCUGUAAUGUAUUUUUGGUUAUUUGUCAGACCCCAGUAAGACAAGCUGUGACCAUUGGUGUCAGACCCCAGUAAGACUAGCUGUCACCAUUGGUGUCAGACCCCAGUAAGACUAGCUGUCACCAUUGGUGUCAGACCCCAGUAAGACUAGCUGUCACCAUUGGUGUCGGCUAAUGGGGAUCCUAUAAAAAAAAAAAAAUCCCAAACCAUAGCCUAACCUUAACCACUCAGAAUGAAUACCUAAAUGUAACCCUUUGGGUUGUGUCUGUUUUAACCCUGUAACCAUGCAGAAUUUACCCUGUAACCACGUGGAAUUAAUGCAUCAAAAAUGGACGUUCAUCCAUAAUACGGCAAAUUUCAAAGGGAAACUAUGAGAUCUUGUUGGAAAACAGCUUCCUCCUUCACUAUUUUUAAAUAGCUCUGAAAUGACACACACACACACACACACACUAUGGAACAAGGCUAGUGACUAGUAUACAUAAAAUAAAAAUCCCACACUACCAAAGUUAACUCUCCACAAGCUGGUUCUAACAUGCCCCAUUGCUUUGACUCAACAAAACAAUAAUCUGUUAGGACAUACAUACAUACACACACACACAUACAUACACACACACACACACACACACACACACACUCCUCAGUCCUUUAUGUCUGUGGUUUGUGUUCAUUAACAUACAGUGCCGAGAGAGAGAGAGGGAGGCUUUCACACACUGUCCCCUACUAUUCGUACUACAACUGUUUGCACAUUGCUAAAACGCUGUACACUAUAAAUACCUGUACAUAGCUGAAAAUAUAACACUUGAAAUGUCUAUCUUUUUUUAAACCUUUUUGAGUGCAAUAUGUAAGGGCUAAUCAACUAGGGGCAAUGCGUUCUAUGGACAAUAAUGAACGACUUGGAAGGUGCGUUGCAUUAUUUUCCAAAGAACUCACAGAGCCCUGAGUUGAUAAUCCCAUUUAUACCAUGGCUGGAAUUGAACACAUUUGCCACUAAAAAUGUGUUCAACAUUCACUGAAGUAGCUAGCAAGUUAUUAGAUAGCUACUGUAGUUGCUGUGGUAACUAAACAAACAGAACAAUGAGCUAGAUGUUUCACCGGAUGUAUACAUGUGAAGCGUUUCCACUCACUACCAAAUAUGGUGAGAGGAAGCCCAGUGGCCGGCAGUGGGAGAAGAUGAAUGAGGUUUUGGCCGACAUUCAGCAAAUGUUCUCAUCGAUGAAACAGUUGAUCUCAAUACAGUUUUCUGUUCCCAAAACUAUGUCUCUUACGAACAGAGUGGGCCAAGUUUUUUUUAAAGUUUUUUUUUUUGUAGACUUCACCAUUUGCCAAUGCUUCAGACAAUUGCGUUGUUUAGAAAGGAGUGCAAGGGCGAAUUGAGUUAUUGCAUAUGCGCACUUCAGAGUAGGCGUUCCCUAACGGAAAUAUGCAAAUACAUGCUAGAACGGGCCAAUAGGAUCUCGCUAGCUCCUUGCUUGUUCUGCCCACUAUGACUAAUUUGUUUCCAUUGGAAUCCACAGGCUGUGGUCUGUAUUGGUUUAGUUUAUAAAGAUUUUAGGUUUAGCAUUUUAGGUUUAGCUAACCAAAUCAUCAGUCCAGCUUGUCAUUAUGAAAAUCGAAUUCAACAAUGCCAGUAAUGUUUUCAAUUCGACUUUUGCUUUCAAAAGCCACUCAAACAUAGAACAUGUAAGAAUUAACUAUAGCCGUUGAAUUCUUCCGUGCAAAUAAACCGUGCGUUAAAAGGGAAAUAAUGCAUUCUCUAGAAUGCCCUUCAAGCCAAUGAGAGAACAAGUAUUCAACAAUGCCAUGGUAUAUUGUAAAGUGGUUAUCCCACUGGCUAUAAGGUGAAUGCACCUAUUUGUAAGUCGCUCUGGAUAAGAGCGUCUGCUAAAUGACGUAAAUGUAAAAUGUAAAUGUAUAUUUAAGCAAUAAGGCACGAAGUGGUGUGGUAAGUAUAUAUACCACGGCUAAGGGCUGUUCUUGAGCACGACGCAACACGGAGCCCUUAGCCGUUGCUAUUAUAAACUGGUUACGUAAUUAGAGCAGUAAAAAUAAAUGUUUUGUCAUACCUGUGGAAUACUGUCUGAUAUACCACGGCUUUCAGCCAAUCAGCAUUCAGGGCUCGAACCACCCAGUUUAUAAUGACUGUUAAAUUCGAAUCGUUUUUUGUUGAUGUUGUCUUGCAUCUUCUCACUUUUGUUUAUUGUUUAUUUCACUUUCGCUUUAUUGUUUAUUUCACUUGCUUUGGCAAUGUAAACAUGUGUCCCAUGCCAAUAAAGCCCAUUUAAUUGAAUUGAAUUGAAUUGAAUUGAGAGCGAGAGAGCGUAUGUUGCAGACAGAGACAAAAGGGAGGGAUCAGGACGAGAGAGAGAAUAGGCUACAUGUAGGCUACACUAACUAAGCUCUGUGUUGUUGACACGUCUAAUACAUAAGGUUACAUCUACCUUCCAGUCGUCACUGUUUGGCUUUGAUGCUAGUAUUGGGUUCUCCUAUACAGCCAUGUACAGUUAACUGCCAAAAUAAAGGAAAGACUUGAGUAAAUGAGGGAUACAAAGUAUAUUGAAAGCAGGUGCUUCCACACAGUUAAUUAAGCAAUUAACAUCCCAUCAUGCUUAGGGUUAUGCAUAAAAAUGCCCAAUUGCCCAUUAAUUUGGCUACCAUGGCUAGAAGAAGAGAUCUCAGUGACUUUGAAAGAGGGGUCUCAAAUGAGCAUAGGGGGUUUAAAGUGUGUGUGUGUGUGUGUGUGUGUGUGUGUGUGUGUGUGUGUGUGUGUGUGUGUGUGUGUGUGUGUGUGUGUGUCAGUCACCAGAUCUCGUGGAAGAAGAAUGGUGUCGCAUCCCUCCAAUAGAGUUCCAGACACUUGUAGAAUCUAUGCCAAGGUGCAUUGAAGCUGUUCUGGCUCGUGGUGACCCAACUCUCUCUAUUAAGACACUUUAUGUUGGUGUUUCCUUUAUUCUGGCAGUUAGAUACAUACAGUACAUGUAUCUGUGACUGGCUGCAUACAAAAUGGAACCUGUUUCACCAAAUAGUCCUAGUGCACUACGUUUCACCAAUGCCCUAUGGUAGUUCACUAUGUAGUGGAUAGGGUGCCAUUUCACGCUGUGUUAUGUUGUUAAGGUUGUUGUCAGUGAGGCCGCUGAACCCUGCCCAUAAGGGAAAUGGGCAAAGCUUUAUAGUACAUGUCUAUAGACACCCUUAACACUGCAUGAAAAUACACGUUUCUGGGUUGAAAAUUCCAGAUCACUUUCCCGCAAACUAACCGUUUUUGGGAGUUAUCAAUGGCAUGUCACACAUACACGGCUUUGGCACACCCUACGUGACGUUGGGAAACUAACAGGUUGGUGUUCAGACGACGUGAACGGGUCUGGAAACCCAGUGUGAUCGGGUUGAUUAUUCACGAAAACUACCAGGAAACGAACAGCGUCUCUCAGGUUUCCUGACAACUUGUACUGCAGGAAACACACACUGUUGUGUGAAAACUCCCAAUCACUCUUCCCCAUCGGAUUUAAACUCUUGCAAACCUACAAUACUCACUCUCCCACCUCAUAAAUCCCAGAAAACCUUGCAGUGAGGAAUGUGUCAUGGCAUGCGUACUAGGUGAUAGAAUUGCUAGCUGGAAAAUGUUAGCUAAUAUUAUUGCUAAUUUGCUACCCCAGUUGCAGUAGUCAACACUAAAACAUUCUUUAGGCUUGUUUACAAAAUAUACCAUUACUCUUGUGUUGUUACAAUCAAACAUCCACUCGCCAAACUAUGGUGGUCCAUACUGGACAAACUGGGGACACACACACAUUUGCUUCCCUGCAAGGAGCUAGUAACAUUAGGCUAUACAAUACUACUUUUUCAAACAUUCACAUUAUACAUUCAGAACCAUUUAAAAACCAACGAGUUAAAUUCAAUUUUUAUUGAUGGAAAAUGUUAAACUAUUUAUGCACAUGAGUAGGCCUAACGUUAGCUAGGUAGCAUUAGCUAGGUAGCAUUAGCUAGGUAGCUAUUCACAUCACAAAAGUCAAGUCUAUUUGUCAUAUGCACAGAAUACACUGGCUGGACGGAAAACGGUAAACAAACUAUACAGGUAGUAAUUCAUGGACUAGUUUGGAUUUUUACUUUACCUUUUUAAUAACAGCAUUUUUAAUGUUUGAUUUGUUACAAUCAAUAAUUCAGUAAUGACUCAAAAAAAUAUGCAAUCAACCGUUUUUUAUCACCAGCAAGAACUGCCUUCAGUGGAAAACCUGAGGGGGUUCGCCUGCAAGAGCAACAAGUUCAAAAACGUUGGAAGUAAAGACCCCAAGAAAUCGGGUGACUAUCCCUAGUGGCGAAAGUAAGAACUUUUAUAAAAUACAUAGCCUACAAGGUAUAUGACUGACUUAUCUACAAACAAAAGUUUGGGGUCACUUAGAAAUGUCAUUUUUUUCCCCAUGAAAACAUACAUGAAAUGAGUUUUAAUAGAAAAUAUAGCAAAAUGCAUAGGAAAUGUAGUCAUUGACAAGGUUAGAAAUAAUGAUUUUUUAUAUAAAUAAUAAUUGUGUCCUUCAAACUUUGCUUUCGUCAAAUAAUCCUCCAUUUGCUGCAAUUACAGCUUUGCAGACCUCUGGCAUUCUAGUUGUCAAUUUGUUGAGGUACUCUGAAGAGAUUUCACCCCAUGCUUCCUGAAGCACCUCCCACAAGUUGGAUUGGCUUGAUGGGCACUUCUUACGUACCAUACGGUCAAGCUGCUCCCACAACAGCUCAAUAGGGUUGAGAUCCGGUGACUGUGCUGGCCACUCCAUUAUAGACAGAAUACCAGCUGACUGCUUCUUCCCUAAAUAGUUCUUGCAUAGUUUGGAGCAGUGCUUUGAGAAAAUUGGCUCCAAUCAAGCGCCGUCCACAGGGUAUGGCAUGGCGUUGCAAAAUGGAGUGAUAGCCUUCCUUCUUCAAGAUCCCUUUUACCCUGUACAAAUCUCCCACUUUAACACUUUUUUAAAAAUCUUCCUCUGUCCAGUGUCUGUGUUCUUUUUACCAUCUUAAUCUUUUCUUUUUAUUGGCCACUCUGAGAUAUGGCUUUUUCUUUGCAACUCUGCCUAGAAGGUCAGCAUCCCGGAGUCGCCUCUUCACUAUUGACGUUGAGACUAGACACUCUAAUGUAUUUGUCCUCUUGCUCAGUUGUGCACCGGGGCCUCCCACUCCUCUUUCUAUUCUGGUUAGAGCCAGUUUGCGCUGUUCUGUAAAGGGAGUAGUACACAGUGUUGUACGAGAUCUUCAGUUUCUUGGCAAUUUCUCGCAUGGAAUAGCCUUCAUUUCUCAGAACAAGAAUAGACUGACGAGUUUCAGAAGAAAGUUAUUUGUUUCUGCCCAUUUUGAGCCUGUAAUCGAACCCACAAUUGCUGAUGCUCCAGAUACUCAACUAGUCUCAAGAAGGCCAGUUUUAUCGCUUCUUUAGCUGUGCUAACAUAAUUGCAAAAGGGUUUUCUAAUUUUCAAUUAGCCUUUUUAAAAUGAUAAACUUGGAUUAGCAAACACAACGUGACAUUGGAACACAGGACUGAUGGUUGCUGAUAAUGGGCCUCUGUACGCCUAUGUAGAUAUUCCAUUAAAAAAGUCAGCCGUUUACAGCUACAAUAGCCAUUUACAACAUUAACAAUGCAUCAUUAACAAUGUCUACACUGUAUUUCUGAUCAAUUUGAUGUUAUUUUAAUGGACAGAAAAAGUGCUUUUCUUUCAAAAACAAGAAUUCCCAAGUGACCCCAAACUUUUGAACGGUAGCGUAUAUAGAUACAUGCAGUAAAUAACUACUGUAUGGCUGACUUGUUGCCACUAAAAAGCCUCUGACGAAAGCCAAGAGGUCCGCUAGUAAGCUUGAAUACAAUAAGAGCUACUAGUUAGAGCAGUGUGCUGGUUUGUCUUUCCUUUUGAAGGUACUGCAACCAGAUGACUGAGUGUUUUCACCCUACCUUGUUAACCCUUCUCCAGUGCAGUGGGGCAGAACACAUCAAGCCAGCACUGAGAGCCUGUAUAGGCCCCUGUUUUUUAUAGUAGGUGUGCUUUAGUAUUCCACAGCGCUAGCCUUAGCUGAGCAUCAACCUAUUAUUUUCUAUAAGCCAGUCAUUAGCAAAGCUCUCUCUCUCUCUCUGUCUCUCUCUCUCUCUGUCUCUCUCUCUCUGUCUCUCUCUCUCUGUCUCUCUCUCUCUGUCUCUCUCUCUCUGUCUCUCUCUCUGUCUCUCUGUCUGUCUCUCUCUCUCUCUCUCUCUCUCUCUCUCUCUCUCUCUCUCUCUCAUGUUUGCAUUUGUCAUUUAGCAGACGCUCUUAUCCAGAGCAACUUAGUUAGUGCAUUAAUCUUAAGAAAGCUAGGUGAGACAACCACAUAUCACAGUCGUAGUAAGUGAGAGCACGUGGUGCAGACACAGAUCCUCUCCACGCCACCUGGUCGGAGCGACCUGCCAGGUAGGAUGCAAUCCAGGAGUGUGCAGAGCCUGAGACGCCCACCACACUUACCCACUAGACAUGCCAUCAGGGGUCUUUUCAUAGUCACUGAAUCCAGAACAAAUUCAAGAAAGCGUACAGUAUUAUAUAGAGGCAUGAUUGCAUGUAACUCUGUUCCAUCUCAUUUUGCUCAAAUAAACAGUCAAACCUGGUUUCAAAAAACAGAUAAAGCAACACCUCACGGCACAACGCCUCUCCCCUAUCUGACCUAGAUAUGUUGUGUGUAUGUAUUGAUAUGUAGGCUACGUGUGGCGUUUUUAAAUUCUUGUCUAUUAAUAUUCUGUAUUAUGUCAUGUUUCAUGUUCUGUGUGGACCCCAGGAAGAGUAGCAGCAGCGGCUUUCGCAACAGCUGCUGGGGAUCCUAAUAAAAUACCCAAUACCCUGAGAGGGUGGAGAGGAGGAUCUGAUAGUUCAUGGUGUUGAAGGCAGUGGAUAGAGAGAGCGUCAGCUUUGGCAGUGCGGAGAGCCUCCAUGACACAGAGAAGAACCGUCUCGGUUGAGUGGCCCAUCUUGGAGCCUGACUGGUUAUCGUUCUGAGAGAGAUAAUGAGAGAGAUAAUGAGAGAGAUAAUGAGAGAGAUAAUGAGAGAGAUAAUGAGAGAGAUAAUGAGAGAGUUGAUCAGAAACAGCACGCUCACGUGUUUUGAAAAGAAAAGAAAGAAUGGAUACAGGUCUAUAGUUUGACGUCAGAUGAGUCGAGUGUUGGUUUCUUAAGAAGGGGACCGACUGUCCAUCUUGAAAUGAGAGCGGACGCAGCCACUGGUCAGGGAUGAGUUAAUGAGGGUAGUGAGGAACGGUAGAAUGUCUCCAGAGAUGGUCUGGAGGAGGGAGGAGGGGAUGGGGUCAAGUGGGCAGGUUGUAAGGCGGCCGGACCUCACUAGUCGCAGGAUUUCAUCUGGAGAAGAGGUCAAGGCGUAGGGUAGUUCUGUGUGAGUGGGACCAGUGGACUCAAUAGGCUGAGUGAAUGAGGAGUGGAUGUCGUCAACCUUCUUUUCAAAGUGGUUGACAAUGUCAUCCGCAGAGAGGGAGGAGGAUGAGGUGGAGGAUUAAGGAGGGAGGAGAAGGUGAAAAGGAGUUUUCCAGGGUUGGAAAUGUAGUGAUAGAAAGCUGCUUUUAUCCUUCAGGCUUGGACCUUGCGGGGACACACAAACACUCUUAGAAAAAAGGAUUUCGAAAAAGUUAUUCGACUGUCCCCCAUAGGAGUACCCUUUUUGGUUCCAGGUCGAACCCUCUGUGCAAAGGGUUCUAAAUGGAAACCAAAACAGUUAUACUUGUAACCAAAAGGGUUCUACCUAAAAUCAAUAAGGGUUCUUCAAAGGUUCUCCUAUGGGGACAGGUGAAGAACCCUUUUAGGUUCUUGAUAGCACCUUUUUUUUUAAGAGUGCACUAAAAACGUACACACAAACACUAACACACAUUACACACAUAGAGCGUGCGUUGGUGGCCCAGAAUGCCCUCUGUUUAAGGGACACUGUGCCACAGCUUGAGGAGAGCAUUAACAAGUCUUACUACUUGUCACAUGAGUGUGUAGGGCUGGGACGAUACCAGUACGAGUGUGUAGGGCUGGGACGAUACCAGUACGAGUGUGUAGGGCCGGGACGAUACCAGUACGAGUGUGUAGGGCUGGGACGAUACCAGUACGAGUGUGUAGGGCUGGGACGAUACCAGCACGAGUGUGUAGGGCUGGGACGAUACCAGUACGAGUGUGUAGGGCUGGGACGAUACCAGUACAAGUGUGUAGGGCUGGGACGAUACCAGCACGAGUGUGUAGGGCUGGGACGAUACCAGUACGAGUGUGUAGGGCUGGGACGAUACCAGUACGAGUGUGUAGGGCUGGGACGAUACCAGUACGAGUGUGUAGGGCUGGGACGAUACCAGUACGAGUGUGUAGGGCUGGGACGAUACCAGUACGAGUGUGUAGGGCUGGGACGAUACCAGCACGAGUGUGUAGGGCUGGGACGAUACCAGUACGAGUGUGUAGGGCCGGGACGAUACCAGUAUCGCGAUACAUGUUAGUAUUGUGGCAAGGAAACAAAACAUGAAGCAGACUUAACUUCUUUAGGAAAACAGCCCUUAUGUUGGAAACAAACAUCAUUAUGUUGUCAUCCAGAGUCACAUUUAUUUAUUUUCCAAGUUAUAGCAAACACUAUUUUACAUACAGCAGGUUUUAAAAGCCCAAAGUGUUGGGGAAAAUAUUGUAAUACUGGUAUCAUCACAGUCCUACUAGAGUGUGGUGUGUGUGUGUGUGUGUGUGUGUGUCAUGGGUAUCAUUGGUGUAAUCUCAAACCCUGUUGAUUUAUUCCACAUUGGGCACAGACGUCAGUUCAACAUCUAGUUUUGAUUUACUUCAGGUUUUUAUGUCACCAUGUCAUUGGAUUUAGGUUAAAAGUUGGAUAAAGAAAAUACUAAAUGCGCUUACGUUGAUUACUUUUUCCAAAUCCAAUCAGUUUUCUACAUUGAUUAAACGAUAUCACAUACAUUUUUUUGGGGGGGGGGUUAAAUGACGUGGAAACUUGGCAGUAAGGUCUCUGGUUAUAUUUACACCUCCACCCCCCUGAGGAACCAGAUCCCCUAAAAUACUGAUCCAUUAACUGGUCAAGAGGAACUGGGGUGAACAUAAAGAUCUAA